AUGGGUAUCAAGAUGGCUGAAUGUGAACCUCCUCCAGUCCCCGGCUUCUCCUACUCGAUAUCCGAUUACUCGUCAACAACUCUAUCGCCCACCCUCACCUCCACAGACUCCCUCGAAACAACCUUCCUCCCCUACUGGGCCCGCUACGAAACAAAGUGCGCCCAAAACCUCCUAGACUCCUCCGACGAGCCGAUCGAAUACGACCACGACGACGAGGACUACAGCGACAACUGCUUCUUCUUCCCAGAAGACUGCUCCUGGACACCAUCAAGAGACAGCGCGGACACACAGUGCAUAACGCAGGAAUCUCCAAUGCAGACAGAGCAAGAACAACACACACACCCAUCACCCCAGAACAAUACCAACAUGAUCCCCGGGCUCCCAGACAUCAAGAUGCUCGACGCCGAGGCGCUCAGCGACCUCCUAGAAGACAACCUCUCCCCACCAGAAAUCACAACAAUAAUGUAUUGUCUUCGCAACAAACGGCGCCCUCUUCGCCCACGGCUCCCCCUCUCCUCCCGCCAACUCCGCAACCUAAGCGCAACCUACGGCGCAGCCUACACAUGCUACGCAAAAACCGCCUCAAGCGGUAACCUCACAGGCGUCAACCCAGCCAGCCAUCCCUCCUCCUACGUAACCGCCAAAUCCAUCUCCCUAGGCGACGUCGGCUCCAUCGUCUUCGAGCUAGACGACUCCGUCGCAGUCGUCACCCGCAUCGCAGAUAAAGUCCUCGUCGCAGCCGUCGGUCCAUCGAAACUCGACGCAGCGGAGCAAAAUGGUUCAAACGCCGACUAUAUCACAGCUGAUACUGGUGUCGAGGCAGGGAAUGGGACCGCGACGCCGGACGGCGAAUCGCGGGCUGUGGCUGUCGCGUCGACAUCCCCUGGGGAGGGCUCUAUGAUUGAUUCGCAGGAGGUCGAUAGGAGUGUAGAUCUGGCCAGGCUUGCUGGUUUGAAUCUCUCGGCUGAACCGGCGGUUUUGUUGGCGUUGGAGUCGAAGUGUGCGGCGUUGGCGCGCUUUCUUGGGGAGAAGUUGCAUGAUUUGGAGAGUCCGGAGGAUUUUUGA